GGGAAAAGCAAACGCGUCUCCAGGUGCCCUGUCUCAGUGCAACAACCAAAGGCUUUGCUCAGCACGGAAGCAGGCCCCAUGGCCGGGAGCACGGAGAUGGCGUCCCUGGAAGAGAGCUUCCGCAAGUUCGCCAUCUACGGCGACACCAAGGCCACCGGGCAAGAGAUGAACGGGAAGAACUGGGCCAAGCUGUGCAAAGACUGCAAAGUCACCGACGGCAAAAGCGUCACCGGCACCGACGUGGACAUUGUCUUCUCCAAGGUGAAGGGGAAGACAGCUCGUGUCAUCAACUACGAGGAGUUCAAGAAGGCCCUGGAGGAGCUGGCCCAGAAGAGGUUUAAGGACAAGAGCAAAGAGGAGGCGUUUGAAGCCAUCUGCCAGCUGGUGGCAGGGAAGGAGCCCAUUAAUGUGGGCGUCACGAAAGCCAAGACCGUGGGUGCCGUGGAGAGGCUGACGGACACCUCCAAGUACACGGGCUCCCACAAGGAGCGCUUCGACGAGACGGGCAAGGGCAAGGGGAAGAGCGGGCGGGAGAACAUCGUGGACAACAGCGGCUACGUCAGUGCCUACAAGAACGCGGGCACCUACGAUGCCAAAGUGAAGAAGUAGGGACGGCUGCCCCUGGUGCCCACCGCCCCGGUCCCUGCGCGCCGGCCUUUGGCCAUGUCAGCCUCGGGACGUUCCUGCGUGCCGUGGGGCCCGGGAGGCUGCGCUGGGGCCGGCCCCAGGCUGGCGGGAUGUUGGAUGCGAUCGAGAAGUGGCCGGGCUCUGCCCCAGCGCCACGUCCGUCCCUUGUGCUGUGACCCCCCUGCCCCUGCUGCUGCGCUGCUCCUCGGGGUGCCCCGCUGGCACCGACACCUUCCCUACCUCAGCCCUGGCCCCGGGGCACCCUCCCUGCCAGUCUCAGCGGGGACCACAGCCUGUCCCCAACCCAGCAGCCCUGCUGGGGACCUGCCUUCCCCUGCUGACACCACAGCCUUCGCUUUCCUUCACCCCCACAGGGGUACCCAUGGCCUGGAGCCGCUGGGCUGCUCCUGGGAUGGGGCUGGCCCAGGGGACCUGGCCCGCACCCCGCUCCGUGUUCCCCGGCCACCACCAAAGGUCCCCAAGUCCCCAGAUUUUCACCCACGUGGGCUCCCACUGCCUUCAAGAAGCCUGAACCAAGGGGUGCUGCAGCCCCGCGCUGUGACCCGGCUCUGCAAUAAAGCCCCCUCCGCACUGAG